AUGUUUAUUACAGUUUCUAUUUAUAACGAAUUUGAAUUAUUAAAAAAAUUAAGAAGUAUAAGUACCAGCGAUGGUGUUUCAACACAAUGUCGAUUAACAAUAUCUUUGUUUUUAAAUAAAUUGAAUGAUACCAACGAUCUUGAUGGUAUUUGGGCGUUGCAAAUGUUUGAUGCUUCUUCUAAAAUACCGGCGGGAGUUAUGUCGUACAAUCUCGGCGAAUUGGGAAACUUUGAACAAUGUAUCGAAAUCAAUUCCAUAAAUGAUCAUAUAAUAGGAAAAUACUGUUUAGGACAUGUAAUUUUCAACCGUUCACUAAUAGAAAAUAAUCGAAUUUAUUCCCGAGAUCACAUCUACUUAAAAAAUAUUAUGUUGCACGUAGCUGAUGGAUAUAAUAAAACAAAACGUUGUUCGUGGGCAUUAUGUUUACCUAGCAACUGCUCUGAUAAUGAUGCAGAAAAAAUUUUAGAAGGAUUAGACACUUUAGGUCUUACUUCUACAUCUGUAACAUGUCAAACUUUAAUUGAGUCAUAUCCGAAGUUAGACACGGACGCCAUUAUUGGAAUAACUAUAUUGUGUCUCUAUAUGUUUAUUGUGAUAACAUCAACAGCAAUAGAUUUAGGAUUAAGAUCUAAACGAAAAGUAAUGAUUCACCCUAUAUUUGUAUCAUUUUCAAUUUAUACAAACGGUAAAAUAUUAUUUGAUGUACCAAAACGAACUUCUAAAUUAUCUUGUCUGGACGGACUUAGAUUUAUAAGUAUGUUAUGGAUAAUAUUCAAGCAUGUAUACAUGGUGUAUCAGGAAAUGACGAUUAUAAAUUUCAAGAAUUUCAUCGAGUUUACAGAAGUGAUAUACAGUAUGUUAUUGAUUAGGGGAACAUUGGCGUGCGAUACUUUUUUAUUAAUAGGAGGAAUUUUAGUAACUUACGUAUUUUUUGAUAAAAAUAUAAAAAAUAAAAUGACUUUUAUCGAGAUUAUGAAACAUUAUUUACAUCGAUAUAUACGUUUGACACCCGCGUUGGCUGCUUCGAUACUCGUUUUUACUACAUUGGGGAAAUAUAUGGGAUCGGGACCCCAUUGGAGUAUAUUAUUAGCAAAUAUAAAAAAUUGUCGGAAUUAUUGGUGGUCUUCAAUACUUUACGUACAAAAUCAAGUGAACGUCGAGGAAAUGGACAUUUUCAGUGUACUGUUCAUACUUGGUAUUUAG